UAAAGUAGUAGUGCUAGUCAGAUGUCGCUUAGGUCGAUGAGUCAUGUUCAAAGAUUUGAAUCAAAAAUGUCAGUUACAAUGUGGGAACUCGUGGGAAUCGAGUGAAUCUGUUGUCAAAAGUUAUUUUAAGGAUAUAAUUAAUCACAAUGCAUUUCAAAGCGGAUAAACCUCUUGCCAAUGUUCCAUCAGAGUACAAAGAUGCUGUUCUUAAUACUUUAUAUAAAAUGGAAGAUCACAUCGAAGCAAGAGGUCCAAAGUAUCUGUGGAGCAUAGAUGAUUUUGAAAUCGGCUCACCUUUAGGUCGUGGUAAAUUUGGUCGUGUUUACUUGGCGAGAGAGAAAAGCACGCAGUAUAUGGUCGCUUUGAAAACUCUGUACAAGGUAGAGUUGAUAAAGGGACGUGUUGAAAAGCAAGCAAUGCGUGAAAUUGAAAUUCAAACGCAUUUAAGACAUCCUCAUAUUCUUCAAAUGUUGACAUAUUUCCAUGAUCAUAAACGUAUUUAUCUUGUAUUAGAAUUCGCAGCUGGAGGAGAAUUGUACAAAGAAUUAAAACGUCAGCCUAACGAGAGAUUCAGUGAACAUUUGUCUGCAAAGUAUACUUAUCAAGUCGCGGAUGCGUUGGAAUAUUGUCAUAGGAAUAACGUGAUUCACAGAGAUAUAAAACCUGAAAAUUUGUUACUUACGUUUUCCGGCGAUGUAAAGCUAGCCGACUUUGGAUGGUCUGUUCAUGCGCCAUCUUCCAAGAGAAACACGCUGUGCGGAACACUGGAUUAUUUACCACCGGAAAUGGUAACAGGACAAACCUAUGACAUAUACGUCGAUCACUGGUGUUUGGGUAUUCUUUGUUACGAGUUCUUAGUCGGUUCGCCACCGUUUCUUAGCGACUCGCAACAGGAAACUUACGUUAAAAUAAAAACUUUAAAUAUAAAUUGGCCAGAAUCCAUUACACCUGGAGCUAAAGAUCUUAUAUCAAAGUUAAUUAAACGAAAAAGCUCAGAAAGGAUUUCUAUGGCCGCGGUUAAAAAACAUUUUUGGAUUCUGAAAUACAAGGAUGCGCGUUAAUGUAAAAUAUUUAGUCUUAUUAUAUUAUUAUUAUUAUUAUUAUUAUAUAAUAAAUAUGACCGAAUGUAAAGGACGA